GUCACAUCCUUUCCGCGAUCACUGACGUGUCUGCAAGUCGGCAACACCUCACGUUUCCUACCUCUCGCCACCCGACUUCACCUCACCAUCCCAACCCGACACUAUACUUCUAAAACGAAGUCCUCCAAACACAAGCUACCGAAGUCGGCGCCUUCGGGUUCUGUCGAGUCGGAUGGCACACCCGUAACGGUCGUUAUGUCCCGGCAUAAGCAUCACGCGGGAGAGGUCGUGGACGAGAUUGCGCCCGGACAUCCAUCCGCCGAGCAGGACCCGGUCGCGUUUGAGCUGGGGAAGGUGGAAACAAAGAUGAAAGGAGUUGUGGACUGGUAUAGACGGGAGGUGGGAGGCUUGGAGACGAGAGGAAGUGGGAGAGUCACGCCGUCCUUAUUAGAUGGUGUGAGGGUAACCGUGUCGAGUGGCCGAACAUCAAAGCUCGAUGAGAUCGCAACGAUCGGUGUGAGGGAAGGGAAUAUUCUGGUCAUCACCGUAUUCGACGAAAGCGACAUGAAGGGAGUCAAAACGGCACUACAGUCCGACCGAUACUCCUUCGUGCCACAAACCGUCGACCAACGGACACUCCGCAUUCCCAUUCCCAGGCCGACUGCCGAAACGCGUCAGGAGCUGGCGAAGGCUGCCGCUCGCCUGGCAGAAGACGCGCGGAUCAAAAUACGUACUGCGCGAGAGUCAGGCAUGAAGGCUUUCAAAGCAGAAGGGAUUACAGACAAGAGGGAUCCGAGUCACGUAAAGUGCCAGAAAUUGACAGACGACCACAUCGCAGAAGUGGACAAGCUUCUGCAAACCGCGAAGCAAACGUUGGGAUAG